AGCUCCUUCUACGACUAUGUGGAACCGUUGCCCGUGUAUCAGAACGAAAAGAUCGGCACCCUCAAGGAGGGCAUCAGCUUCACAGUGACGGGCAGCAUUUUGCUCAACUGCGAGCGAUUCUCCAUAAAUUUCGUCAUUGAGAACCCAACACGUGACGUCGCGCUGCACAUCAAUCCACGGCUGCCACAAAACUACAUCGUGCGCAACACGAAAGUGAAAGGCGUCUGGGGCAAGGAAGAGGUCUCAUCAGCACUGCCAUUCUCACUGCAUCGCGGCAGCAAAUUCGCCAUACAGAUCUUCAUCACCGAUAGCGAUUAUCUGAUCUCGGUGAAUGGCGUACACUUCGCCAAGUAUGCGCAUCGCUUGCCCUACACAACGGUCUCGACGAUAGAGGUGAAGGGCGACGUCGAGGACGUGAGCAUGGAGCGCGACGAGGUGGAAUGCUACCCGGAGCACAUACCCGGCUUUAACCCCAAAGAGAUACGCACAGCGCUGGACGUUUUCGAUGAACAGCCCAAUGGCGAUAAGACGGCGCUUAUGCCGUACGACGAGGUGGACAGCUCGAAUUUGGAUUGGGCACCGCUGGGCAUAAAGAGUUCGAUUGCCUUAAUGAAGAAUAUCGCUUGUGGCAUACCACUGCCUUACUAUGGUCUGCUGCCGCCGGACUCGCUGAAAGUGGGACGUUGCCUGCAGAUUGUGGGGCGUGUGAAAUUGCUGCCGCAGUCGUUCUACAUCAACCUACAGAAGGGACAACACUAUUGGCCACAUCCGAUCAUCGCAUUUCACUUCAAUCCGCGCUUCUCGAAACAGAGCGGCGCCAUAGGCAAGGCGAUUGUGUGUCGAAAUGCUUGGUAUAAUGGCGCUUGGGCGGAUGAGGAACGCUCCGAAUUGGACACGGACUUUCGGCCGGGCAAAACCUUCCGCUUGGCUAUCGUGUGCGCGGAGAAUGCAUUCGAAGUGUACUUGAAUGAGAAGCUCAUCACCGACUUCAGAUAUCGCAUCAAGCCGGAUGUGGUGGACACGGUGUACAUACAGGGUGAUAUUAAAUUGCGCAGUGUGGUGCUGCUCACCAACCUGUCGCCGAAGGGCACGAGACGCAUUUACACAAAUCCGCUAUUCAGAUAUUAGUGAUGCAUGGAAGGUUGAGUAUGGAGAAGGGUACUAAAGUGAAAGUGGCUGAGCUUGAUGUGGUUGAGUUUGAUUAUAAGCAAAAACUAGACCUCUGAGUUCCGCAACGCCGUGCGGUUUGCGGUAACUCAUAGCCCCUGAGAAUCAAAAUGAAAAAGUUGUAGAGCUUUGGUCGUCGGAUCAGAACCGAAGAAGCCAUAUUUAAUAUGGCUGUGCGAAUAAAUUUUUUUUAAGUUUAAGUUUUGUUUUUUUGGGUUUUCAAUAGUAUAUUUGUAUAUCGUCGCUGUAAAGUUAUUUUUACUAUUGGUUAGUAGUUUAGUUAACAGACUACCCGAAACAACUACCCGAAAUCAAAGAUUAGUAUAUAAUAUAUUGUAUAAAAUAAUAAAACUUGCUUAAGACACAAAUUGUUGCAAAUUUUUUCCAAGCAUUUUCGUGUUUAAUGUUACUGUUAUGUCCUUAAAACCAAAUGCAAAUCUCUAAUAAAAGACAUUAACCAUAUUUUUCUAAAAUAUUCUCAAAUCUAACUCAUGUCAAAAUUAAUUUUCCAUGACAAUAAUUAACUUAGUCAAUGUAUUAGUCGAAUGGCCAGUCAACGAAGGCGUCGGUUAGUAUAGCGCUUACAUACAUACAUAUGUACAUCAAUAUGUACGUAUACAAAUUCUUUAAUGUAUUUUCGAAAUUUCGUGCUCCUAACUUAAAGUUACCUUAAUGGAUUUGUGAUGUUUUACUAUAAUCGAAAUCUAAAAUAAGAAAAAAGAAUAAAUUUUAAAAAUUACAAACCGAUUGAAAACUUUAUAUACUCCAUAUAUAUAUCUGUUGUAUUUCUAAUUGUUAGUCUUCACUAAUUAUGCUAUGUACCAAUUUAUAUAAUAUACACUAUGUACUAAUAAAUAAACUGCAUUUGCUUGAGAUGCGCUGAAA